AGGUGCAGCAGUCGAAGCGCAUCCUCUCGCGAAGCCACACGUGUGUUGUUGUUCACCUGAGAAGAGGCAAGAAGUGCUGAACGGACUUAGUCGGAGAGUGCAGAAUGCUCGGCAGCGGAGGCUCCUGGCCAGAACAGGAGCUCCAGCACACGUGACAUGGCCUCCGCGGAGAAGAUCAUUUGCGAAAAAUGCGAUCUCCAUUUAGAUACGAUUACCUCGUAUCAAAUCCACCUGCGCUACCAGCAUAAAGAGAACCUGCCGGCUAAGUGGAUACCGGCGCAGCACCACCAACAGCACCACCUCCAAGCAUCGCCGCUGCCACCGCACGAUGAGCACAACAACAACAGCAUCAUCGAGCACGCCAAGGGCCGCCUCCAGAGUUGUGUCGACGAGCAACAUCCGUCGCCACUGAACAGAUACUCACCGCAAUCUGAAGGUUCUCCUUCCUCAAUGCAAGCAGUGGCGUCUUCGACGACCAACACAAUGCGUUCGCCGGGCAAUAAUACCAACGGCUUCUACAUGGAGGAGCCAACGUCUUCUACGCCGUUCACCAGUGAGUACACCAACGGCGGGGGCCCUAUGCGCGAUGCUACUGCUAGCGGGGGCAUACAGCGCUUCAUGCCUUACAACAACACCAGUAUGCAGCACCAGCAGCCGCUGCAGCGGCACGCCGCCGAAAUGAUGAACGAGGGAUGCUGGGAUUGCGGCUUAACGGUCCCCCCGCACGCCAUGAUGGCGCACAAGUGCUCGCUAGCUCUGCAACAACAACAGCCGCAACGGCUGGCGCCGCAGGGCGAGGAGAACGUGUCGCCUGGCUCCUCCGCCUCUUUAGACGAGCAGUUCUUAGAUAGCGCGGCACAGCAGCCACCAAUGCCGCCACGCGUCAACAAGGAGUCUUCGGAAAUCCUGGACCUAGACUCGCACAAGGUGCUAAUCUACCAGCAGCAAAUGGAGGCGGAGAAGCGGCGGAUGAAGUCAGAGUUCGCACCUGACACGAUGUUCGGCUACAACCAGGACGCUCGGCAGCCCAAUAGCCGGAUGAACGGCGGCAACAUGGCUGAAUACGCCCCCCACCACCCGAUGCAGCCACCGAACAUGAUGGGCUACCACCAGCCGCCGGCCCCAACCAUGAUGGACCUGGUGCCAGCGUACCUGCACCCCCAGGCGCACCCACCCUUGCCGAUGCAGCCGCAGGUGCCGCAGAUCACGCCUCACCAACAACCACCACCGCCGAGCGGGGGCGGGGUGCAGCAGCCCCCGUCGGGGGGCAACCAGUCGUGGAAGUCGAACGAGGCCCGCCGUCCGAAGACGUACAACUGUCCGGCGUGCAACAAGUGGUUCACUAGCAGCGGCCACCUCAAGCGGCACUACAACACGACGUUGCACAAGAACGCCAUCAAGCAGAGUGGCGGGGACCCGCUGAGGGAGGGCGUAACCAACCGGCCGCAGCCCCCCGCGCACCACAACAGCACAACUAACGACUCGACCACGUCGACGGGCAACACCUCCUCGCCAGUGCCGAGCCUGGGCGAAGAGUCGUCCUCGCGCAGCGACGACAACACUCCCAACAUGCUGCCCCCCGUACACCCUCAAUCGAACGCAAGCAGUCCCCCAAACAGGGAGGCAGGUCUCUUGGAGUCUCCAGCGUCGGCGGCACUGGAGCUUUCAACUCCUGGAGGCCUGCACCUCCCGCCAACCCCCAGCCCCAGCCACAGCUCCAGCCACAGCUCCAGCAACUCCCCGCACCCGCCACCCCACAGCAGCCACACUUUUACGCCGCUCAGCAGUACUACCAAUCACUGCAACAGCAACAACCACCCCAACCGCAACUCCCCCACCACCAACAGCCACAGCAUCACCAACAACAACAGCCGCAGCUCCAACAACAACAACAACAUCAACAACAAUACGGUAACUUCUACCAGCAACCACCAUCCGCAUCCGCAAGGCAACAAUUGCCACCUGCCGGCAAUGCCCAUGGAGGCGCUAUACCCUCGGCAUCCUCCUCCGGAUGGACUGACGCAGCAGGUCCCGCAGUACAGCCAGCCAGGUAUAGCCAGCAGUAUGGUGGCGGCGCCGCUUACAGCUCCUUCUACUACUAACCAGAAUCACUGGUACAAUCAAGGAUUCUACAAUGGCGACAAUGUCCCCACUGGCAGUGACGCGUCUGACAACUGGUACACCACGGGCACAGCAAACCAGCUGGUUCCUCUGCCCAGCUUCGCGCGCCAUUUCAGCCAGUACGACUUCACGCAGCCGCAGACGGCCACGGGGGACAGCUGGAAUAGUUCCUUGCCCUACACCAACACUUCGGACAACAGCCAUGACUCUGUGAGCGACCAGCAAAUGUCCUCCCCGUUGACGGCCAGCACGCCGUCGCCGUGUCCCACGUCCACGGUGGACGACCAGAUGCUGCGAAGCCGGGGGCAGAGCAUGCCGUCCAGGGGCAGGGGUCGCGGCCGCGGCCGUGGAAGACCUCCCUUGGCCAGCUCAGGCGAAAAACACCGGUGCGAGUUGUGCGACAAGGAUUUCAACAGGGCUUGCUACCUAACGCAGCACAACAAGAGUUUCCACGACGGCGAAAAACCGUACAAGUGCACCAAGUGCGGCAAACGCUUCGAUACGGCCAGUAUACUGUUUGAGCACAGCGAAAAGCACAAAGGGGACAAGCCGCACAAAUGCCACCUGUGUCCGAAGCAGUUCAACCACAAGACAGACCUGCGCCGCCACGAAUGCCUGCACAGCGGCGAGAAACCGUAUACGUGCAAUACCUGCGGAAAGGGAUUCAUCCGCAAGGACCACAUGCUGAAGCACAGCGCCACCCACUUCACCGAAUCGCGCCGCGGCAAGAAGCCCAAGGGCGUUUCAAUGAAUAACAACACCGAGUGACCCUCCCCUCCAACACCAGGUAGUUCCCCUCACCGCUGGGAGUGCGUAGAUUGGAUCGAUUAUAGGAAUGAACUGUAAAUAACUCGCCAUAUCCAGUUCGGAGUGGACUAAUGACAUGAAUUCGAGGUGCCAACAUGGUUUUUUACCCACUAUUCCUUUAGAUUUAGUUUUAUUGUCGAUGCGUACAAUCGUGUCCCUUGCAUUGUAGAUUUAAUUGCUUUUAAAUAUAGUUUAAAGACAGAUUAUAUCCUGUACGCGAGAAUUUGCAUUUUUCUGCUCUGUUCUGAUCUCUUUUGCUCAUAAUUUUACAUGAAGAAAAAAAAGAACACGGAACGGUCCUUUUAAUCCUUUUUUUAUAUAUUUAUAUAUCAAAUUUUGAGCGCGCCUGUACCUAGCUCUAUUGAUUUCAAUAAUUCACUAACAAACACUAUAAGGCCAUUUGAUGGGAACCCGCAAAGUCAAAUCGUGUAUUUUUUGGCACUUUUUACAGUCACACGUUGACUUUAAAAGCAAACAAAAAGCAGCAGCUUCUGAAGAGCGUUAAAAUUUUCUCAUCCUCACGCCUGUCGAAUUUACUCAAACAAUGCAAGCUCAAAACCUAUUCCCUUUUACCUCUCCGCGAUAUUUGAAGAGUAUAUAUCAACGCAAGUAAUAAUUUCCUCGAACAUAUCCCAGUUAAUGGUUUCAUUCUUUUGAUUAAUUAAAGACUGAAUAUGAUAUAUCAAUGAUUUAUUUGUUGCAUAUCAAUAGAUAGAGAGAUGAGCAAUUUUUAUCCUGUUACAUUCCCCCUGUGUAUAUCAUAUAUUAAGCUAAACAAAAAUUGUAUAGUAUUCUACCUUUUAGUUCGAGACGGAGCGUUUUAAUGAUUUAAAACACAGUUUAAUAUGGUAUAAUCAAUCACUGACAAAGCACUACCUCACGCGCGCGAAUCACACACUCAAUUGGGGUUGUCCUUGUCCCGUUGUGAUUUUUACUCAUUUUCUCACAACUCCUGAUGUCGCGAUUUUAGCAACGAAAAAUAAAUUUAUAUCGGGCGCAAAAUGUACACGAUAUUACACAGAAACCAUAAUCAGGGAUUUCCUAUGUACAGCUUUGAAUUAAUUUAACAAAUCGUAUUUACAAACUACAAAGAAGUGUAUAUCAAAAUCGGGCCUAGGGCUGCCGCAGUUGUAACAUCUUUUUGCUCCCUGGUUUCAGUUCGCCUCAAGCGAAACCUUUUAGCGCAGGAAUUUCCCGCAUGGUCGCCUCCCCACUCGAAUAAUGAGACUAGAAAAUCGGUUCAACCGUGGCGAGGCGAUCUGACGUUGUCAAACUUUUUCGUUUAAGCUCGAAUUGCGAGUGUGUUGCAAUGCAUGUGUGGGCAAACUGAAUGCAUGAGCAAAAACAUCUGAAUUGAUGUGCUGCUAUGUUACAAUUGAAUGAUUAAUUAAUCAUAAUAUUUGCUGUAAAUAAUGUUGAAGAGAAUAUACUUAAUACUUAAGGAGAGAAUCAUGUCGUUAAAUACGUGUUGACAAAAUGCACGGGGAGCUUUUUAAACAGAACACACACACACUCACUCACACACCACAUACCUGCGCUCGAGAAAAGCACCAUUGCACAGAGUGCUUCGAGAGAAAAGUUCCUCGCAAUCGUAACGAAAAAGGAAUCAGGCUCCUCUAUCAGCGGAAGGAGUACAAACCACACUCACACCUCAACACAAAAAACACACAUUCUAGUUAAGCGAUAACAAACACGAAAUCUCAAGAUAUGUAAGCGAUUGUAAAAAUUUAAAAUGGAAAUCUACUACCUCUCCCUUGUAUGCUUAAAUCACAAACACACACAAAAAUAGGAGUUCAAAAUUUUAAAGACAACACGAUGUAUAAGCAAUAAAUUACGACAACUUUGAUAAUGCGGUUUGAAUCGCUCCCCUUUUUUCCAGAAUGAAUACUUUUGUGCAGAGUGACUGAAAAUCCGGACUCAAAGGGUUGUAGAACUACACUCAAAUUAUCUCUCAAUUAUCAAUUGGUUGUAAACUUUAAUUUAAAGAAGCUCGACUCCUGUACUCAAGACAUUUCUGCAACUCAGGUGUUUUUAAGUUAUAUGAAACAAUGCUGUUAUGUUCUGUGUACAGAUCCGGUUUGAGUUUCGCCCGAUGUAAAAUCGCACUCAACAUGUAUGAAUAAGUGAUUUUUUAUGAAAGGAUGAAUUCAAUAAAGAUGAGCAUGAUUAAGUUGUAA